AUGCGUAGUAAAUUGUCAUGCAGAGCAAUCUCAGCGUCUGAAAAGUUGGAAAUGCUGAGUUUGUCCAGAAGUUGAAUGGAAAUGUGUCUCAAACGAUGAGGUUAACGCGAAUGCGGGGAUAUUAACACCGGGAAUAGGGUUGCCCUCGACCGAAGCUCCACUCUCACCAAGUUGGUAGCACCGUCCGGUUUGUCGGGAGGUGAAGAUGAUGUCCGACGCCAGUGAGAUGCUGGCCGCGGCCCUUGAGCAGAUGGACGGCAUCAUAGCAGGCUCCAAGGCCAUGGACUACUCCAACGGGCUCUUCGACUGCCAGUCCCCGUCCUCCCCCUUCCUGGGCGGGAUGCGAGCCCUGCACCUGCUGGAGGACCUGCGGGCCGCGCUGGAGCUGAUGGACGGCGAGGAGCGCGACAACCUGCGCUGCCAGAUCCCUGACUCCACGGCCGAGGGGCUGGCCGAGUGGCUCCACCAGGGCCGGCUGAGUAACGGUCACGGAUUCGGGUCGGUCGAGGCCGCAUACCAGGAACGUCUUUCCCGUCUCGAGAGCGACAAAGAAUGCCUCGUUCUCCAGGUCAGCGUCCUCACAGACCAGGUGGAGGUCCAGGGGGAAAAGAUCAGGGAUCUAGACCGGUGCCUUGCGGAACACCGGGAGAAGCUAAAUAACACCGAGCAGCUGUUCCAGCAGGAGCUGAGCACCAGGACUACUCUGGAGACACAGAGGACUGAACUCAUGUCGGAGCUCUCCCGACUGAAGGUGAAGCUGAGCGACUUGGAAAGAGAUCGGCAAGACGCAGAGGGCGUGUACCAGGAAGUGACGGAGCUGAGGUUCAGGCUGAGCCGUGAGGAGACUGAAAGGCAGCAGUGUGAGAGGAAGCUCAAUGCCACCACCGAGGAGCUGCAGCUGGUCCACGGCCGACUGGGGGAGCAGGAGGGGGAGCUGUGGAGGCUGAAGGAGCCCGCCGGCCGGCUGGGGACCGGGGGCCACGACGCAGCGAGAGAUAUGGAAAUGUUGAAUAUGAAGAGUGCGCUGGAGUCGCUGAUGUCCGCCAACAGCGAGAAGGACCAGCGCAUCGAGGAGCUGCUGGUGGCCUCGGCCCCGUACCGGAGAGGCCAGGACCUGAUGAAAGAGAGGCUGAACGAGGCUGAUUACGAUGACAUCCCCGAUCAUCCAUCUGUUGCCGUCGCCAUGGAGACUGCGCAGGUCGUCUUGGCGAUGGAGGCGGGGACGGGGCGGAGCUCCAGCGAGUCCAGCCCCUGCAUCGCGGUGCUGUCAGAGAUGACGGCUCUGGACCGGGAGCAGCAGCAGGCCACAGAGAGCUCAGCGCCUCCGUCCAGCAGCACGGCCCAAAGCCCCCCCGGUGCUGAGCAGAGCACCAGUCGGGAGGGAUCGGCCUCUCCAACGCUACAGAAUGAAAGCUUCGGCACCAAGAAGGCGCGCUCCUCCUUCGGCCGCGGCUUCUUCUUCAAGUCGCGUGGAGCCAAGCGGACGGGCAGCUCUCCAAACCUGGCGGAGGCGGAGCAGAGGGGCACGGACCACCUGGACCUGGCCGUGGCCCCGCCCCCCCCGCCGCGAGGCUCCGCCCCCGCCGGGCCGGACUCCGCCUCCUCACCCGAAACCCGCAAGAAGACCAAGGGGCUGAGGAAGUUCUUUGGCAGGAUGAAGAGGAGCCACUCUUCCUCGUUGAACCUGGACGACCCGUCAGACUCUGAGUUCAGAAGGGGCGGAGUCAGGGCCACCGCGGGCCCCCGCCUCGGCUGGUCACAUGACCUCAAGCAGGACGGCGGGCCGGCCGACCCCCCCUUCCCCCAGUGGAGCAGCGACCAGGUGUGCGGCUGGCUGGCGGCCCAGGGCCUGGGGCAGUACGUGGCCCAGGGGCGGGAGUGGAUCCUCUCGGGGCAGACGCUGCUGGACGCGCCCCAGAGCGACCUGGAGAAGGAGCUGUGCAUCAGGAACCCCCUUCACAGGAAGAAGCUGCAGCUGGCGCUCCGGGCCGCGGUCGGCCCGGGGGACGAGGACCUCCAGGGGAAGCUCAACCACAACUGGGUCACCCGAUGGUUGGACGACAUCGGGCUGCCCCAGUACAAGAGCCAGUUCGACGAGGCUCGCGUCGAUGGUCGCAUGCUGCACCACAUGACCGUGGUGAGCCUGCGGGGUUCCCAACUUUAUACGCACAGAAGUCAGCGGACAAAGUGGGCGGGGCUGCUGGGAACAACAGCUGUGUUCGAAAUCGUCCCCUAUCACGGAUAUGGUGCACUAUAUAGGGUGCUCGCCAUUUUGCCUGUCCCCCCCCAGCCCCGGAGGCUGUCGUUCGGGGGCUUCGGCACCCUGAGGAGGAAGCAGUCGGAGGACACCAGUGACUACGUGUGUCCCAUCGACGUGGAGAUGCCCAAGAAUGCCAGCUUCCAGCAGGGCCUCCCCAGCUACGGCCAGCUGGCGCAGAUGGAGGACUCUGAGGGGACCGUCAGACAGAUCGGGGUGUUCUCUGAGGAGAUUAAUAAUUUAACGAACAUGCUGCAGGGGGACGUGUUCAUGACAGAGGUCACCGAGGUCGACGGAGGUCAGGGGGACGUUCCCGUGUGAAGGAGUGAUGACACCACAUCCCGCUACUCAGCUAUUACCAAGAAUAUUGAGGUCUCUGUCUCUCUCUCUCUGUCUCUCGUUAAACUGCAUGAACUGAGAAUGUGACAACCAUUACCUUAAUGGUAACCCCCAUCUCAACCACCAUUAUUUUAUCAGUUAUCUUUGACUGCAUCUUCGUUGAGAUAUUAUUUAAAACCAAAAGUGUUGGCCAUGCCUCUAUGUAUUACGUAUUUUGAACCUUCAUGUAACGGCUUUUAACCAGAUGUAUGUCUGGCUACGUUAGACUCUCCGUUAAAGUGUGUUACUCCCGUCAGGCUUGCAUAUCUUUAUCAGUGGUACUUACAAUCACCAAGUAUUAUCUAAGAGAAUAAAAGGACAUAUAUACCAAACCUUUUUCCUGUUCAUGAGUUUCCGGCUAUAAGCACAAUUUCGCCAGAACCAGUGAGGUCAAAAAUGUUGUUUUUUAAUUUUUGCUAAUAAAAAUUUACAAAUGGCUA